CCAGACAUGGCCUCGUUCCAGCCCCGUGGAUGGAUCUCAGUCUGGUUUCUCAUAAACUUCCCCAUCAUUAUCUAUGAUACUUUGUACUGCUUCCUUAGGCCCAGGUCCAUGGUGGGCGGAGAUUUGAAUUGGCUCUGGAAGUCGUAUGAACUGUGGCAAGAAAUAGACCACGUCUACGGAUUGCCAGCAUAUGAAAGUGGGGAUGGGUUCACCAAUGCACAAGCCCUUUUAAACCUCCUUGAACAAAUUACUGGGGUUAUCUAUCUUUACCUCGCAUACGUGGUAAAGACCCCGGCAGCUCCCCUCAUUGCGUUCGCCUCCAACACCUCGUGCCUGUCGAAGACUAUUCUAUACUGGGCGCAGGAGUACUAUUGCGGUUUCUGUGCCAUUGGCCAUAACGCCCUGCCUCAACUAACGCUUUGGGUCGCGUUGAAUGCGGUCUGGCUUAUUGUACCUACGAUCAUUGCUGUCCAGCUCUACCAAGAUAUUGCCGCAGGCCUGCGCACCGCUGCAAGGGUGGACGAUGCUACGAAACGCCUGAAAUCAAAGUAAUUACAUCCGUAGCUUCAACCCUUUGUAGUCCGAGUCAGAGAGCUAUAUUACAAGGAUAGGUAACUAGGUUCACUAGAAAUAUAAUAGAUGGUGACAUCGUCGUAUCGCUGUUACUCAUUUAUAGAAUGGGCGCUUAUCUA